AUGAGUCCCCAAAGAACCCCACAACCAGGGAGAUACAUUUCGCGAAAAUCCCCUUACACUUUUAACUAUUUAACCACCCUUGUUACCACCUUAAUCCGGAACCCGAAUCCAAACCCGGAUGCGGAUUCGGACCCGAAUUUAAAUCCGAACCCGAACCGGAGCCACGGGGCUCAAAUCCACGCCCAACUCGUCGUCUCCAACCUCGUCGCCCACCCCGUCCUCCUCACCCAACUCCUCCACCUCUACGCCGCGCGCGGCCAUGGCGACCACGCCGUGCGCGCCCUCCUCGGCUCACCGCGGAGCGUCCCCAACGUCGUCUCCUUCACCUGCCUCAUCGCCCACCACGCCGACCCCGCCCAAGCCCUCGCCCUCUUCGCCGAGCUCCGCGCCCGCGGCCUCCGCCCCAAUCCCCACGCCCUCUCCGCCGCGCUCCGCGCCUGCGCCCGAGCCCGCGCCCGCGCGCUGGUCGACGCCUACGCCAAGCACGGCGACGCGGACGCCGCGCGGAAGGUGUUCGAUGAAAUGCCCGAGAGGAGCCUCGUCUCCUGGAACGCGCUCAUCGUGGGCUACGUGCGGAACAGCCUCUACGCCGACGCUAUAAGGACCUUCAUGGAGUUGGCCCGUGAGGGCUCCUUCGCCCCCGACGAGGUGAGCCUCUCGAGCUCCCUCGCCGCGUGCGCCGGCGCCGGCGCGCUCUGCCUCGGCCGCCGCGUCCACGGGUGCGCGGCCAAGCUCGGGCUCGCGCCCUCCUCGGCCUGCGUCGCGAACGCGCUCCUCGACAUGUACGGCAAAUGCGGGCGCUCCGACGACGCCGCGCAGGUGUUCGACGAAAUGCGCGACAGAGACGUGGUUGCCUGGAACAUCCUGAUCAUGGGCUGGGCACGGAAGGAUCGGUUCGAAGAAGCUGUGGGCUGCUUCCGAUCCAUACUCCGCGAGCGUGUCCUCCCGGACGAGGCCUCGUUCUCGACCGCGCUCCACGCUGCGGCGGGGCUCGCGGUGUGGGCGCAGGGCGCGAUGCUUCUUGCCGUGAUCGUAAAAUCGGGCUUUAGCGAAAACCGCUGCGUCGGGAGCUCACUAAUUACUACGUACGCAAAGUGCGGCAGGUUAGACGAUGCGUACCGAGUGUUUGAGGAGACCAAGGAUCAGCUCAAUGUGGUGUCGUGGACUUCGAUGAUCGCCGCGUUUCAACAACACGGGCACGGCGACCGUGUUCUACAACUAUUCGAUGAAAUGUUAGAGAAGGGAAUCGAACCGGAUUAUAUUACCUUCGUAUGUGUUCUCUCCGCGUGCAGCCACAACGGGCUCGUAGAGCAGGGUCUCAUGCACUUUGAUUCCAUGUCUCGGACUUAUAACAUGGAGCCGGGUAGCGAGCACUACGCUUGUGUGGUCGAUAUGCUCGGCCGAGCGGGCCGUUUGGAUGAGGCCAAGCGGUUCGUAGAGACAAUGCCGAUCGAGCCGGACGUGUCGGUGUGGGGAGCUUUGCUCGGCGCUUGUAGAAAUCGCGGGGACUUAGAACUAGGUAGAGAGGUCGCGCACAAGUUGUUCGUGAUGGAGCCUCAUAAUCCUGGGAACUAUGUGUUGCUCUCUAACAUGUACGCGUCGAAAGGGAUGUUGGAGGAGGCGAAGGAGGUGAGGAGAUUGAUGGGCUCGAACGGUGUGAAAAAGGAGAUCGGAUGCAGUUGGAUCGACGUUAAAGACGCUACUUACGUGUUCACCGUGCACGACCAAUCGCAUCAGAGGAGCGAAGAGAUUUACGACACGUUGAGCAAGAUCGAGAAGCUGGUGAAAGAGAGGGGAUACGUAGCGGAUACGCGGUAUGCGGUGAAUGACGUGGGGGAGUACAAGGAGAAGAACUUGUGGUACCACAGCGAGAGACUCGCGCUCACGUUUGGAGUGAUGAGCUUGCCCAAAAACGCGCCGAUCUGUAUCAAGAAGAACCUGAGGACCUGCGGAGACUGCCAUGCGGUGAUGAAGAUCGUUUCGGGGUCCCUUGGUCGGGAGAUUGUUCUUAGAGAUACGAAUCGGUUCCAUCGUUUCGCAAGUGGGUCAUGUUCGUGCGGAGAUUACUGGUAA